AUGGUGUCUGUGUGUGAAGGUCUGAAUCUGGGGAAGAAGAUCAGCGUUCCUCGAGAUGUGAUGAUGGAGGAGCUGAACCUGAACACAAACAGAGGAUCCAUCAUGUUUCAGGAGCGCCAGAGGAGAGUGGAGAGAUUCACACUGGAGAACGCAGCAGAAAACCCCAUCUUCAUAUACCAGAACCACAUGGAGCAGCAUGCAGAGAUGCAGAGUCAGACAGAGGUGCAGGGAGGGAAGGAGAACCUGCUGCAUCCGCUGGCUGGUAAACACAGUCUGGCCGCGACCCUGAAGAACACAGUGGCCAAGAAGGGAAGCCCAAACGCCCUCGCACCAGGCUACUCUGGGCCACUAAGAGAGAUCCCUCGAGAGAAAUUCAACGCCACGGUGAUCCCGAAGUCGUACUGCUCCCCGUGGAGGGAAGCGCUGGGAGAAAACCAAGAUCUGCUGUCGUCGCUAAACACAACCAUAGCUGAACCAGCACAGAAACUGCAGCCGGCCAACUACAGGAGCUUCAACAGAGCGGCGAUGCCGUUUGGGGGUGCAGUGAGCAGUCAGAGGGUGAUUCCUGUCAUUAGUUUUGAAGCUCUGGAGCCUCCCAAUCUUUCAGGCAUGAGCUCUGCAACCAUGUCCAAACGCCGCAACUUCAACAGAGCACCGCGGGGAUGGGGCAUCGGCUACUCACCCGAAUCCAAUGACCUGUGAGACAGAGACAGAGAGAGAGAGAAAGAAAGAGAGAGAGAGAAAGAGAGAGACACCGACCCAUCCUGACCCCUGCAGGUGAAACACCAGUGGUACAACUGCAGGGUCAGAUUUUACGAACAUUUGAAAAACAAAAUCAAUACGUGUGGUUUGCUCUCCUAAAAUAAAACUCCACAAAUCCAAUCCAAAUGUCAGGGUUGCUCACCUGAAAAAAACAAAAAACAUUAAGUUUUCAUUCUGUUGCCAAGUGUUGUUUAAGAGAGCUAGGACAUUCACUUUUUUCUUCUGAAGAUUAUUUUAUUUAUUUUAGUUUGGCUGGAAAUAUAUAUAUAAUAAAGUAAAAACUGCCGUGGUCAACAUUUUAACAUUAUUAGGCCACUUAAGAAAUUAUUUUUGGAUUUUCUUCUGAACAAACCACUGUUGUCCAAUGACUUGCCUUAUUACCCUAGUUGCACCUUUAAAUGUGACUUUAAGCUGAAUACUAGUAUCUUGAAGAAUAUCUAGUCUAAUAUUAUGUGCUGUCAUCAUGGCAAAGAGAAAAUAAUCAGUUAUUAAAACUAUUCUAUUUUAAAAAGUGCUGAUCAUACUGUAUAAUUGCUUUCCCUACAUUGUAAAAUUGUAUGUACAGUAGUUUUAAAUGUUCAGCAUGCAACUUUUUUUUGUGCAUAAUGUAGUGGCCCUAAAAAUGUAUCUGGGCACUUCAAGCCCAUGCAAAAUGGCAUUAGAUGACUAAAUGUUAAAUAUAUACUGUUUUUAUCAUAUGCAUUGUGUGCAUCUUUCUUAAAAUAAAUGACACUCAUGCAAAAA